AUGGAGCAAGAAUAUUAAGACUAAGAUCAAAAGAAAUUAGACAUUGAAGGAUCAAUGGUUGAAUCACUCGUUGAAUCUGACACAAAAAAAUAGUAGUUGUUAGAGUAAUAAUACCAAGAACAAGAGCAUCAUAAUCAGGAACUACCAUAUGUUUUCUAAUCUGAGGUAAUUAUGGAAUCAAAGCAUGAGGAGCAUUAAGAGAAAUAAGUCAGAUUUUAUGAUUAAUCCCUUAAUAAGCCUGAUAAUGGUCUUUCUAUUAUUUCUAGCCAGAGAGUAGAUGAGGAAAAUCCAUAACCCUCCCUUCAAUUCUCACAACCUUAACCUGAAGUGGGUAUUUAAGAUUCGUAAUAGACAGUUGAUAUGGUAUCAUCAAUAACUGAGAUUUAAUUCAAUGCCCAAUAAGAAGUACAAAUAAAUCACCUUCACGCCCUUAGUUAUCAAAGUGCAAGUUAGACUAGAAUUACUAAGAUUAUUGUUAAGGACGAGGCAGAGCCAAAGAAAAAGAAGAAGAAGCAUGAAGAUGAAUAAUACUUUAUGGGCUAUUUCAAAUGGUAUUGGGGACAACACGGAUUCUUAGCAGCUUUCAAAAACUUCCUAGGAAAAAGGAUAGUCUACGGUAUAUUUUUCAAUUUCUUUAAUGGAAUCGGAGUUGGCAUUGGAUCAUUCUAUUUAAAAAGAUUAUACUUUGACAAGGUCGGCUUAGGCAAUCUAUGCUGA